AUGAACGUCGCCAAUUCCACCCACGAGCUUCAUUUCCCCAACAGCGGCCACGAAACCGGCAGCGGCAUCGGCGCUUCUAUGGGGGCAGACACUCCUCGUGCUCUAUCGACGCCUCCGAAGUUGACCUCCGACUGUGCCUCUCCUCCCGAGAGUGACGACGAGUCCGAUUCCUCUGAGGACGUGGACUUUGACAUGCCGCUUGGAGUAUCUUGCAACGAGAGACCCGCCUUCCAGGCACUCCACCAGGCACGCAAAGAACGUUUGCUCGAGAUGUUCCCGCCCCAAAAACGGCUUCGUCGCUCCAAUGUAUUAUAUGAUGGCAACUACGACCCCCCUCUCUGGCGAUUUGGUUUCGCCUUCAAACAUGAGGUCGCGCUCCAGUACGCUACGGAUCAUCAGCUCAAGGUCUCAAUGAGAAAGGAGGGGCCCACAUUCGCGGAGGCCCUCGUUGGCGCAGGAGAGACACGAUUGGCGUCGUUAACGGCGCUUGCUUUCAUCUCCAUGAAAUACCACCUCAGCCGGAAAUGCGGUUUCGUCUUGGAUUUUGCGCAGGUAUUCUCGCGUGAGCACAGUAAUAUCAUCUACCUGUGGACCAACUACGACUUCGACGAACGGUCACGGUUCUGCCGCGAGUACGACUUCGUGCUCGACACCCUCCAAGAAGCAUUUAGGCCGUAUCCUGGAGCGGUUGCUGAAGCAUUGUGGUACCUCGACAUACAGGAUGACUGUCUGGCAACCAUGUAG